AUGAGCAUUCCUGUCGUCGACUCUUCAGGCAACCUAGUCAGAAGACUAAGUGUAAGUAGCUACUUGAGAGGUGUUAAGAAGUCUGGUGCUGUUCAAUAUCAUCAGCGAGAAUCAGGUAAGUUGAAAACUGUGGAAAGCACGCUGCAACUCUGGCCACAACAAGGUGUCCAAAAGACGGCACAGAACCACGAGAAGCUUCGAAACAAUAACAACAACAACGACAAGUCAGCAGUCGGGUCUAUAGCCAUGGACAAGAGAAUAAAAUCACAAAGCAUCCCCUUUUUCAACACGACGUUGAAACGGCCGACUCUCUUCGCCGGGCGCAUCGGAACCACCCACAACCUUCCCAAGGACAAAGAUGCUCCCGCAGCGACAGCUUCAACCACGUUGUUGCGGGCGCUCAGCCCUGAGAGAGUGCACCGUUACCCCGACCAGUCACCGACCCCCUUCUUCCCCCAUGCUCAUCCCCAAGGGAUGGGGGAAGAACUUUUGAUCACACGGAUUGACGGAUCAGAUGGCACCUCUCAAAGCUCCGGACUGGGGCUUUGCCUCAUCCGGAGGGAAGCCAGGUUCAGCGAAAACGCGGGGUAA